UCCUUCUUGAAGUCUUGACGUUAAUUUCCAACUACAACCUCAGUUGUGAGAGCCGAAGACGAAAAAUUAUAACAGCGGGCUACGGAACCGAACAGGCGGAUAAGACAGUGUGUCGCCGGUCGUUGUCAUCACCUUAUGACACGGUAACGGAGGGAUGCGAUGUGAGACACCCACCGAGGCUUGGACAGCGCCAUUAUACCGGUUAAACCGACUGUGGACUUGCCCGCCGCAAAGACUUGACUGACUUCAGAUAAAAACAACCCUGCGAUGGUUUUACAUUUCCCAGUGUCCUGAGAACUGCAGACUUCAACCCAAGCAAUAGCACUUCAUUAAGCUACCACCAGGAGUGAGGGAUAUAUAGGCUUCAAUCGACAGCUCACCAAACAGGCAUCAUGUCUUCCAGGGAGCGCCGGUCAGACGUCUACAUAAAGGCAGAACCAAGCAGUCCAGAGGGAGGUGGGGGAGGUCGGACCAGCCCUGGUGGGGCCUCCUCAGACUCCUCUCAGAGUGGAGGUGGAGGAACCAGAGGAGACGGCACUAAACGUUACUCUCCACCACUCUACACACCAGCUCUGCGCUGCCACUUCAAAGACGAAGGUGGUGAUGGGGCGGAGGAGGGCUCCACUGGAAAUGGAGCAGGGCGAUGCAAGUACGCCCUGAGCACGCUGCCCAAAAGGCUCUGCUUAGUGUGUGGAGAUGUGGCCUCAGGUUACCACUAUGGCGUGGCGUCAUGUGAGGCCUGCAAGGCGUUCUUCAAGAGAACCAUCCAAGGUAACAUUGAAUACAGCUGUCCAGCUUCAAACGAGUGUGAGAUCACCAAAAGGCGCAGAAAGGCUUGCCAGGCAUGCCGCUUCACCAAGUGCCUCAAAGUAGGCAUGCUGAAAGAGGGGGUUCGUCUCGACAGGGUCCGAGGUGGAAGACAGAAGUACAAAAGGCGCCCAGAGGUGGAGAAUGCAACAUACCAGAAUGCCCCUCUACCUCUGACAAAGGAGAGUGAAAAAGGUUCCUCCAACAUCAUUGUGUCCCACCUCCUAGUGGCAGAGCCAGAAAAAUUAUUUGCCAUGCCCGACCCUCUGCAGCCUGACACAGCCCAGCGGACGCUCACCACCCUCUGUGACCUUGCUGACCGUGAGCUGGUUGUCAUCAUUGGCUGGGCCAAACACAUUCCAGGCUUUCUGUCGCUGUCCCUCGCAGACCAGAUGUCUGUGCUGCAGUCAGUGUGGCUGGAGGUGCUGGUGCUGGGUGUAGCGUACCGCUCGCUCGGCUGUGAGGACGAGGUGGUGUUUGCGGAGGAUUUUGUCCUUGACGAGGAGAUGUCACGUGUUGCAGGACUGACAGAGCUAAAUGCAGCAAUUAGUCAACUUGCUCGCCGUUUCCGUGCACUAAACGUGGACCGGGAGGAAUUUGUCAUGCUAAAAGCCAUCGCACUCACUAACUCAGACUCCGUUUACAUCGAGGACAUGGAGGCUGUGCAAAAGCUGCGGGACCUCCUCCACCAGGCCCUGCUGGAGCUGGAGUGUCAGCGGCGCCCAGACGACCCCCAGCGGGCGGGACGCCUCCUUUUAACAUUGCCUCUCCUCCGACAGACUGCUGGUCGUGCUCUUACCACCUUUUACAGCAUCAAGACCCGUGGAGGUGUCCCAAUGCACAAACUAUUCCUGGAGAUGCUGGAAGCCAUGAUGGACUCUCCCUAGUGCAGAGAGCAGCAGGAGUAAAGAGGCUGCAGAGAAAGACCCAAUAGAGAUCUCGGCUUCAACAGUGGAUGAGUGGCUCAUGAGAAAGGAAAGUUUUUGUUAUAGAUUUAAUAAUGAGGAAAAUGGUCCUUUUACCCUUUAGGCUACAUGAAGAAAGAAAAAGAAUAUGACUAAAGAAAAACCUCAUGUAUUGUCUCUAAGCGGGAAAGCUUACAGUAAGAUGUAAACUGCCAAACUUCAGUUAAAGGCUCCAAGAUCCACGAGUGAAAACAUUUAACAUGAAUGCCAGAAAACUUCUCAGUUUCAACUAUUUUCAUGGUGUGUUCCAUCACAGCAUCAAUCUGCAGUUGCAUAACCACUGAAGAACAACUUUUAGGUACCCAAGAACAGACUGCAGUCAUGUGGCUCUUGAACUUUUUAAAAAUAAUGCAACAUCUACUUAUGAAAGCCAUUAUAAAAUAUCCGGUGAAAGACUUGAGGGUCCAGUACACGGUCAGAUCAACAUGCACAUGGAGUGCUAGUAUUCACUAUAGUUUAGUGUGCCGUUGUAGGCAAAUUCAUAGGAAUUACUUGCAAUAUGUUAAAAGCAAUAUAAUGACUCGAUUAUUGUCUGUCACAUUUAAAAUAUGGAUAAAAUGGUGAGACAUCUAAUUGUGUGUGUAGAUCAGUAGUUCUCCAGUCUCGGGACCCCAGGUGCUGAUUUCUGUUUUAAUUCAAGCUUCUAGACGAGCCUGGUUUGGGUUGGGGAGUCCAGGUGAGUAGAUCUAGAAACCUGGCAGGAGAGGAAACCAGCAGCACUUUUUGGGGUUAAAUACUGGAAUUGGGAACCACUGGUGUACACAGCAGUUGCAGGAUUCUUUAUAGAAAGGUUGUGCAAUUGAUUUGAAGUCCAGGAGUUGUGCACUCAUAAGAUGCCCUUGUUGGAAGGUAAUAUAUUCAGUGUUGUAUGUAAAUCCUACUGGCACACAGAACUGGCUUCCAUACAAGCAAGUGUGUGCGUACAUGUGCAGUUGAAACCAAUGAGCUACGCUGAGAUCAGGGAAGAACACAGCUCUGACAUUAAAGCCAGUGUGGCAACAUCAGUGGUUAGAAAAGAAACGCAUUUGCCUCAUCUGCUUUUUUAAUGCUGUUCUCCUCUAGAUCUAACCACUACUUUUUGUCUCCAGCAGCUGUAACGGUCUGACCUAUUUGAUCCGGUUUAUUUGUGGGCUUUAAUGUAUAACACUAACCCGUAUGUAUGAUUGAUAGGUUUAUGAUGAGAUUUUGCUGCAUUUUCUGCAGUAGUGAAGAGCGCUGCAUAAAAGAUCUCACUUGCUUCAAUGCAACGUCCCUCCUCUGUGUACGUACAUCUGUUGAACUUUAACUUGUAAGUGCCCGUGAAGGGCUCAGGGCAACGAGAAAUGCAACAUAUGCAACAUCUUCCCUUUGGAUGUUGAAACCUUGUCUGACAACAUCCUGAAAGUCCUACUCAUUGUUCAGCAGGUUUGUAUACUUACACUAUAAACGAUCAUUAUAAUAAGCUUUACGUGCAAUGCAAAGCUACAGUGUCUGAUGUCAGAAUCAGAUCCCUAAAAAUAAUCGUUAUUGGCCAAAGGGGCCAUUAACCUUUUAGCCAUGUACAGUUCCAUUUAAAUAAACACAAACAUGCAAUUUAUGGAGGAAGAUAACAAAGCCAGCAAAUGUGAUACAAAUUCCCCAUUACAAUUAUAUUUGUGCAGCUCACAGUGUACUGAAAUUUGUAAAGACUUGAAACUCCUUUUUCAUACAUCUUCCUUCUAGGAUUUAAGGGUAUUUUAUUUACAUUGUGACGCACUGUUGUGGGUUUGGUAUUGGAAUGAAGCUUCCAUUCAUGAUAUUCUGAAUGCUAAUUUUUUUUUUUUUGUUAAUGUACGCAGUUGUGUGUUUUCUGAAGCUGAUUGUCAUUUAGGGAUCAAUUUACAUGGCUCUAUAGAUGCAGCUGCAUGGUGAGGCUACAGAGGGCUACCUCAGGAGGCAGGGCGAGCCAGAUGGCCAAAUAACUGUGGAGACGCAUGUAAUUCUUGAUCUUUUGACAUGUCGAGUUUAAAUUUGAAUAUUAGGUGUGUUGAAUGUCCCGCAGUUGUGCGAACGGCUGAGAUCCUUUUCUUUGUUUUCAUUGCUCUAAGGUGUAUACGGCUCAUUAAUCAUGCUUUAUAAGACGAGGCUCCAUGGUACAAAGUAUCUCACACUGGGGGGCAAGCCUGCAGUUGAUAUGGUUUCACAGGAUUAAUGGUGGAGCUUGGAAACUCUGGAGGCCAGUUCAAAUUGAAAACGGUUCAUCUUGUAACACACAGGUGUUGCACUGUGGAGCAGGGAUUGAUGUAUCUGGAAAAAUGUGACUCUGAUUCACCUGUUUGGUUUUGUUUUCUUAGGUUACAGCUCACACGUUCAUGUCAUCUAAGACAUUUUUUUGCUCUGAUUUGUUUACUAACCUAAUUUCUUGAAUAGUGAUCAGAUUUCUGAAGCAAACAAAUAAAUAUAGAUGCCUGGGACGCACUACAGCUUUUAAAACUUUGUCAUUUACAUAAAGGUAAAUCUUUUCAUUAGCAUACAGAUGUUUUAGGUACGGUGGGUUAGGGUGAAGGCAGGGUCAUUUGCAGUGUCACUUAAAAUUAUACAGUCAUUUGUAGUUUCUAUUAAAUAUGUGUGCAUUAAUAUAAAUGAGCAAUACAAUAAAUUACCAAACCUCACACAUUUCCUUGUAUAGCCACAGUGUACAUUUAACAUUGCCAGUUAUAAUGAAGAAUAGCUACUAAACGUUAUAUUAUUUAGAGGUUCAAAUCAAUGUUUGUAUUUUGAAAGACUAUUUAAAUGAUUAAAUUCUAUUUUUUACUCAAUUUACUGUUGUUUGUUGACACUGCUUUAUUUUUGUGUGUGAUAUUGGCUGUGAAUUUCUGUGUGUAGGCUAUUUUUUCCCAUUUAGAUAAAAAAAAGUUUCAUGUCCUUGUCUAAACAUGUCCACAUAAAAAUCACUGUGAAAAAAGUGAGAUCUUCCACUGUCUGAUGCAACAGGGAGUGGAUUAUUGUAGGUGCUUUGUGUUGUGUAAUAAAACGGACACACCACCACCACCGCA